AUGUUGAUCAUCCUGUUUUCAGGCGACUCCGACUUUGAGCACUUUUGUGAAUUAUGUGGUCGUGCUAAAGCUCAGAAACUUUUCCGUAAGUACUUAAGUGAAUUGCGUGUGUACAACCAUCAGCAUCGUGUUCAGAGGCAGCUCGAUCGAUUGCCACGGAUAUUUUCUAUCCUGGUACCCGACGUAGCUAUGCUUAGCGGAAAGUCUUGGGACACUGUCAUCAACUACUUACAAACUUUGCCCGAUUUCCACAAUUACUUCCAGGUAGUCAGUGCCGCUGGCAAUGGCGAUUACGGUCGUCACUCACCACCAUCAUCGCCCUCAUCGUCUGCUGCCGCCGCCUCUGCCGCAGUUACCGAUGUGCAGCCGGACGGCAGCGAGAGCGGCGGCGAAGAUGACCGCGUUUCUUGUGCCCUGCUACACACUCGCGAAGCCGAGGCUUACUACCGCAACCACGUCGCCUUCGUCGAGGCGCAGAAUCGACGGCAAAAGCUAUUGCGUGAUUUUUCACAAUUAUUGUCGACGUGCAGCCAGGUGACUCCCGGUAAGCCGCUGAACGACGUGCGCAUUUUUCUGUUGGGCAAGGAGUGCUUCGAAUCUCUGCCAGAAAACGACAUCCAGACGAUUUACGACCAAUAUCAA